ACAACCUGAAGCGUAACCUGCUAGCUGCAACCCAACACAGUAACACCAGGCUAGCUAUCAAAGUUUAUGCAGCUCUUCACCUCCGUCUCAGAGAUUUAUUUUCCGAUUAUUAGAUUUUUGUUGUUUUUCUCGGGAAGAUGGGGGUCCCUAAGUUUUACCGAUGGAUUUCAGAGCGAUAUCCGUGUCUGAGUGAAGUUGUGAAAGAGCACCAGAUUCCAGAGUUUGAUAAUCUGUACCUGGACAUGAACGGGAUCAUCCACCAGUGCUCACACCCCAAUGAUGAGGACGUGCACUUCCGUAUCACAGAGGAGAAGAUCUUCGCUGACAUCUUCCACUACCUUGAAGUGCUCUUUCGCAUCAUCAAGCCCAGGAAGGUGUUCUUCAUGGCCGUGGACGGCGUCGCACCCAGGGCCAAAAUGAACCAGCAGCGUGGCAGGAGAUUCAGAUCAGCAAAGGAAGCAGAGGAGAAGAUAAAGAAGGCCCUGGAGAAGGGUGAGGUUUUACCCACUGAGGCUCGAUUCGACUCCAACUGCAUCACGCCUGGUACGGAGUUCAUGGUCCGGCUUCAAGAGCAGCUAAAAUACUUUGUACAGCAGAAGCUCUCCACAGACCGAAUGUGGCAGGGAGUGAGAGUCUACCUGUCUGGUCACGAGACUCCAGGAGAGGGAGAGCACAAGAUUAUGGAGUUCAUCCGCUCUGAGAUCGCCACAUCGGGUCAUGACCCAAACACACGGCACUGUCUGUACGGCCUGGACGCUGAUCUGAUAAUGUUGGGUCUGACGAGUCACGAGCCUCACUUCUCACUGCUCAGAGAGGAGGUACGCUUCGGGGGGAAGAAGAACCAGAAGAGGAUAACGGCUCCAGAGGAGACGACGUUCCACCUGCUGCACCUCUCCCUCAUGAGGGAGUACAUCGGCUACGAGUUCUCUCCACUCAGGGAGAGGAUCUCGUUCGGGUAUGAUGUGGAGCGGAUUAUAGACGACUGGAUCCUGAUGGGCUUCCUGGUGGGAAACGACUUCAUCCCCCAUCUCCCCCACCUGCACAUCAACCAGGAUGCUCUGUCUCUGCUCUACAGGACCUACAUCGCCGUCCUGCCCACGCUUGGGGGAUACCUGAAUGAAAAUGGUCAUCUAAACCUGGCUCACUUCGAAAAGUACCUCGAGAAACUGGCAGAGUUCGACCGUGAGCACUUCAGUGAGGUGUUUGUGGACCUGAAGUGGUUCGAGAGUAAAGUGGGGAACAAAUAUGUGAAUGAAGCAGCCGGUCUCGCCGCUGAGGAGGAGCUGGGCAGGCAGGGCAGGAGGAACAAGGUGUGUAAAGACUCUCUCAGUCUGGCAGCUUUAGAUGGAGAACAAGAUUCACCCUGUUCUACAGGAAAAGAAGGUGGUGAGGAGGACGGCGAGGAGGAGGACAUGUUUGAGACGGAGUUCCGGCAGUAUAAGAGAACGUACUACAUGACCAAGAUGGACGUGGAGGUCGUCUCUGAUGAGUUUUUGGCCGGUCAGGCUCGCUGCUACGUGGAGGGAAUCCAGUGGAUCCUGCAUUAUUACUAUCACGGAGUUCAGUCCUGGAGCUGGUAUUACCCGUAUCACUACGCACCUUUCCUCUCAGACGUGAGGGACAUCGCUAACCUCAAGUUGACCUUUGACCUGGGGAAACCCUUCAUGCCCUUUGAACAGCUGCUGGCGGUUUUACCCUCAGCUAGCAAAGAGCUGCUGCCUAAAUCAUACCAGGACCUGAUGAUGUCUCAGAGCUCCCCGAUUAUCGAGUACUACCCUGUGGACUUCAGGACGGACCUGAACGGGAAGCAGCAGGAGUGGGAGGCCGUCGUCCUCAUCCCCUUCAUUGACGAGAAUCGCUUGCUGGCAGCCAUGGCCCCGUGCACAGACACUCUGAGUAAAUCUGAGCGAGAGAGGAAUCGACACAGUGAGUGUGCAGUGUACUUUUACGACAAAGAGCUCGACUUCACACUCGUAUCUCCACUACCUGAGGUGUUUCCUAACGUCAUACACUGCCACGCCAGGUCGAUGUCCAUCCCCAUGGACGCCUGGCGAGUGUCUCUUGAUGUCGUCAGACGCAGAAUCGAUAAGAGCAUGCUGUAUUUCUGCGGCUUUCCCACCCUACAGCACAUCCACCAUAAAUUCUAUAAAAAGAAGUGCGGCGUGGUCGUGUUCCAGCAGAGCAGCCGAGGAGAAAACAUGAUGCUGGAGAUUUUAACCAACCAGCAGGAGGAGCCGGUUUUGGAGAACGUCGCAGCACUUGUGUUGGGAAAGUGUGUGUUUGUGAACUGGCCUCACCUGGAGGAGGCGCGUGUGAUCGCCGUAUCAGACGGAGAGACAAAGUUUUUCCUGGAGGAGACGGCUGGAGUACAGAAGCUGUACGAGAACACGCCUCCCCCCAUUAAAGUGGUGUAUCUGAGCGAUAAAGAGCAGAAGGAGUGGGUUAAAGAGGUGCAGGGCCUCACUGAGCACCAUCAUAAGCGUAAGGGUGUGGUGAUAAACGAGACGUCUGUGGUGAUCUACGCUCAGCUCCUUACAGGGAGGAAGUAUGUCAUCUCCCCGAGCGGUCAGGUCAAUCUGGAGAAACAGUGGGCCAGACAGAUCCUGCCCUUCGCUUACCAAACCAUCGUUAAGGACAUCAAGGCCUUCGAUUCGUCCAUGUCUCGGUUUAAGACGCUGGAGGAGCUUUUCCCCGUCUCCACCACAGUGUUCAUGGUGGGAAGCCCAUAUUACGGAGCGAUGGGAGAGGUGCAAGAUUCGAGUGAUGUCAUCACUGAGGGACGUGUACGUGUGGUCUUCACUAUGCCGUGUGAACCUCACCUCGAUGCCUUAAUUCAGAACCAGCAUAAAUACUCGAUAAAGUACAGUCCCGGCUACGUCCUGGCCUCACGCCUCGGCAUCACCAGCUACCUCGUCUCCAGGUUCUCCGGGAGCAUCUUCAUCGGCAGAGGGUCCAAGAGGAAUCCUCAUGGUGAGCAGAGAGCCAACGUUGGUCUGAAUCUGAAGUUUAACAAGAAGAACGAGGAGGUCCCGGGCUACACCAAGAGAACGGAGAAGGAGUGGCUGUACUCGGCCGCAGUAGAGGAGCUGUUAGCCGAGUAUCUGGAGCGAUUCUCAGAGGUGUUCGACUACGUGUCCAGGAACAGCCACGACGACUUAUUUUAUGAGGACGAUAUCUGGCCAGGAGAGGACGAGAAUGGAGCAGAAAAGGUUCAGGAAAUCACCACCUGGUUGAAGACUCAUCCCGUAAGCUCUUCCUCCCGAGCGUCAUGUGACCUCCAGAUUUUGGACACAGGCAUUGUGGGAAAGAUUGAGGAAGAGCUGGAGAAGGUUAAGAUGAAGAAGAGCAACAAGAAAGUGCGCGUGACUGUGAAGCCUCACCUGCUGUUCCAGCCCCUGGAGCAGCAGCACGGUGUGGUUCCUGACCCUGAUGCAGAGUAUCACCUUUUUGACCGCGUCAUUAACGUCAGGGAGAAUUUCUCCGUCCCGCUCGGCCUCAGAGGAACCAUCAUCGGCAUCAAAGGAGCCGAUCGAGAGGCUGAAGUUUUGUAUGAGGUUCUGUUUGAUGAGGAGUUUGCAGGAGGACUCACCAUCAGGUGCUCUGCUGGCAAAGGUUACAGACUUCCUCCUUGUGCCUUAAUCAAUCUGAGUCACGGACAGCGUCAGGAGCAAAACCCUCACAAGCUCACCGCCAUCGUCAAACCGCAGCCCUCCUCUUCCUCCUCCUCGUCACCGCACACACACUCACACACACACAAACACCAGCUGGACGGCCUGAACCACUCGCCACGCUCACCGUUUAAACCUGCACAGCAGAACAGCAGGCAGGCUCUCAGAGGCGACACUCAGGGACACAGAGACUCUCCUCAAAAAGGCCUGAACCAAAAAACACAGCACAAGGGCUCUGUGAAUAAGGAGGAGGACUUCAGUAACGUGUGGCAGUCUCUUCAGUCUUCAGCGCUGCCUCAGAAACCACCAGCUCACUGGCAAAACCAUGGUCAGACUGGCAGCAUCAGGUUACUGAAGAGGAACGAAGACCUGAACGCAGUCUCUCCACAGAAGCCUUCCAGCAAGGUCACCCCAGAGUUCCAGGAGCUGAUCGCCAACCUGAAACUCUCAAAGGAAGCCGAGGGUUCGAGAAGUUCUCCGGUUCGAGAGCGUGUGGAUGAGGAGGAGAAACCGCUGUCUCCUCAGUCCUUCGCCAUGAUGGGUACCAUGAUGCUGAAAGAGAUGUUGAAGAUUGACAGUUCAGCAUCUGCAUGCCCCGCCCCUAACUCCACCCCUCCGAACCCCUCCAAUCCUGGAACUCAGCAGCAGAACCGCAGACGUUCCUCUAAAAAACUGGGUGUUAACGAUGUUCUCGUCCCAGCGGCGAGGAUGAACUCGGCUCCGGGGGAUCCCGCCGCCCCCCCUCUCCUGCCCUGCAUGGCUGCUGAGCUCGGCCGAGUGUGUGUGGGGCUGAACAUGGGGCCGCCCGAGUUCACCUUCCUACGAAACAGACAGGGUCUGACGGUGUGUCAGGUGAAACUGUCCAAUGGUCUCCUGCUUCAUGGCCCACAAUGUCAGUCUGAAACUGAAGCCAAGGAGAAAGCAGCACUCUUCACUCUACAGCGUCUGAACUCCGUGGGCUCGUUCCCUCUUGCUCCUCCUCCUCUGUUCGGCGGGAUGCAGCCGAUGCGUCCAAUCGCUCCUCAUCCUCAGGUGUUCACACAGCCUCCAGGUGGUCUUCUGAUGCCCCCUCAAGGUUACCCUCCUCUGCCAUGGGGGGUCCAGUUCCCCCCACAGGGACAGCCAUUUUUCGGCGGGACCUUUCCUGGAGCUCGAGCAGCCCCGCCCCACGUCGGAUCUCACAACCAGUUCAUCCCACUGCAGGUGACUAAGAAACGAGUUUCAGGCCGGAAGAACCAAGACGCAAGGCCGGACUUUGGGAACGCCGCUCGACCUGAAAACGCUGAAACCUCGUACCCUGCGUCUGCGAGUCCCUUCACCCACAAAACCCCUCCACCAAUCAGCAUGCAGGAUUCCGAGAGCCCGCCCAAACAACCCUCCAAACCAACACACGGCCCAAGCUCCGCCUCCAAACGUAAACAGAGGAAACUGGCGGUGAACUUCGACGCUGCCAAAGUGACGGACUGAAUCAUGAAGUAGCUCCGCCUCUUCCUCUUCCUACUGGGUUUUUUUUUUCUUCUUUUUUUCGGGUUUUACAAUGGAUAUUUUUUAAACAUCAUAAUUAUGCAGCAUCCGGGAGGAAACAGUGAUUUAAAGGUCUAAACCUGUAUUACAUCAAAUAUUGUGAUCUUUUUUUUUUUUUUUUGUUAAGAGAGUAUUUCUUUUAAACUUUAAUCCAGGUUAAUUUCAGGAGCAGAAUGAUCUUCACGACUCUCGCUUUCCGAAUUUAAAUUGCGCUUUUAUUCCCAUUGAUUGUUAUUGUUUUUCAAACUCUGGGUUUUUAAUGUUUCUUGCAUAUUUGAAUGGUUAUUUUUCUAAUCGCAGCACACUAAAAACAAAUUCAAUAUUACUGUUUGAUUUGUUUUUAAUCCACAAUCCCAGCUACGAUCCUGCAGUUACAGACAAUCAGAUUGGAUUUCGGGAAAACGCUGCUGUCCCUCACCACAUUCCAGAAAUCCAAAUAAGUUCAAACUUGGGCCUGAACUUGGCGUGUAGAAGGGCGUGUCUGCUUAUGUCUUUCUGACCAAUAAGCGACUUUAUGCAAAUGAGAAUGCUGUUCUCAGCCAAUCAGAGGAAAUGCUGUUUGGCAAAACUUGCAACAAAGUAACUUGAGCAGAGUGUAGCACAUCUACAGUUAAACCUGUACAGGAUCUAUUUCGCAGCUCGGUCAGAUACCCGGUUCAGUCCUUCUCUCUGUAAAACGCUUCGGUUUGCAUUUUAAAAUUUUGGUAUUUGAAUUUUAUCAUCUUUUCUUUCUUUCUUUCUUUUUUUUAAAAAAAGAAAAGCAGUCUCUCUUACCAGCAGCUCUGUACACUGUAGGAUUUUUUUUUCCUUGGGAUGCGUCACACAUCCAGCGUCCAUUUUCAUUCGUGGACUGGGAACUGCGUCCGUGUGCAGUGGUAUUUUGAAAUGAACUUGAACCAGAUUCAUAGAAGAAUUAAACUGUGGCUCCCGGUUUGGGAAGUGCUGUAUAUAGAUCUUUAAUAAACUACUUUUGUUAUCAGCA